GCUCUCCCAUCUUCCCUUGCUUCUUCCCAUCCGUCCCAACACCUCGUCACUCCAGGAGUUCAGGUCUGGGCUGUGCACCUUUCUCUUCUUCUCUUUCUGUGUUAAAACCUUCUAUUUUUCACUUCUUUAUCUCUACCUACACACAAGAUGCAGAGAGCUCUUUCUGCCAGGACUUCUGUCCUCUCCGCCGCAUCCAAGCGGGCUUCUCUCUCCAGAGGAAUCAACCUCCAGCAGCAGCGAUUUGCUCACAAGGAGCUCAAGUUCGGUGUUGAAGCUCGUGCUCAGCUCCUCAAGGGUGUCGACACUCUUGCCAAGGCUGUCACCUCGACUCUCGGACCCAAGGGUCGUAAUGUUUUGAUCGAAUCCUCUUUCGGCUCUCCCAAGAUCACCAAGGACGGUGUUACCGUGGCCAAGGCUAUUCAGGUCCAGGAUAAGUUCGAGAACCUUGGUGCUCGCCUACUCCAGGACGUUGCUUCCAAGACCAACGAGAUCGCCGGUGAUGGUACCACAACUGCCACCGUCCUUGCUCGUGCUAUUUUCUCCGAAACCGUGAAGAACGUUGCUGCCGGAUGCAAUCCCAUGGAUCUUCGCCGUGGUAUUCAGGCUGCCGUCGACGCUGUCGUUGACUACCUCCAGAAGAACAAGCGUGACAUCACCACUAGCGAGGAGAUUGCACAGGUCGCCACCAUCUCCGCGAACGGUGACACCCACAUUGGUAAGCUCAUCUCCACUGCUAUGGAGAAGGUUGGCAAGGAGGGUGUUAUCACCGUGAAGGAGGGUAAGACGAUUGAAGACGAGCUCGAGGUCACCGAGGGUAUGCGGUUCGACCGUGGAUACACCUCUGCCUACUUCAUCACCGACCCCAAGUCCCAGAAGGUCGAGUUCGAGAAGCCUUUGAUUCUGCUUUCCGAGAAGAAGAUCUCCGCCGUCCAGGACAUUAUCCCCGCCCUUGAAGCCUCUACUACUCUCCGCCGGCCGUUGGUCAUCAUCGCCGAAGAUAUCGAAGGUGAGGCUUUGGCCGUCUGCAUCCUCAACAAGCUCCGUGGCCAGCUCCAGGUGGCUGCUGUCAAGGCUCCUGGCUUCGGUGACAACCGCAAGAGCAUCCUCGGUGACCUUGCUGUCCUUACCAAUGGUACGGUCUUCACCGACGACCUUGACAUUAAGCUGGAGAAGCUUACUCCGGACAUGCUUGGUUCCACCGGUGCUAUCACCAUUACCAAGGAGGACACCAUCAUCCUGAACGGUGAGGGCAGUAAGGAUGCCAUUGCUCAGCGCUGCGAGCAGAUCCGUGGUGUUAUGGCGGACCCCAGCACCUCCGAAUACGAGAAGGAGAAGCUCCAGGAGCGUCUGGCUAAGCUCUCUGGCGGUGUUGCCGUGAUCAAGGUUGGUGGUGCCUCCGAGGUUGAGGUUGGCGAGAAGAAGGACCGUGUCGUUGAUGCUCUCAACGCCACUCGUGCUGCCGUUGAGGAGGGUAUCCUUCCCGGUGGUGGUACUGCUCUGCUCAAGGCUUCUGCCAAUGGCCUCAAUGAUGUCAAGCCCGACAACUUCGACCAGCAGCUCGGUGUUAGCAUCAUCAAGCGCGCCAUCACCCGCCCCGCCCGCACUAUCGUCGAGAAUGCCGGUCUGGAGGGCAGCGUCAUUGUUGGCAAGCUGAGUGACGAGUUUGCCGGCGACUUCAACCGCGGUUUCGACAGCUCCAAGGGCGAGUAUGUCGAUAUGCUCGCCAACGGUAUUGUUGACCCUCUCAAGGUCGUCCGUACUGCUUUGAUUGAUGCCAGCGGUGUCGCUUCUCUCCUCGGUACCACCGAGGUGGCCAUCGUCGAGGCUCCUGAGGAGAAGGGUCCUGCUGCUCCUCCCAUGGGUGGCAUGGGUGGCAUGGGCGGCGGCAUGUUCUAAGCUGAUUAACACAGCUUUUCUGACUGCCGUGUAGCCUUAUAUAGCCUUUGUCCUUUUGAGCGUGUCGUUUUUGCAUUAUACGAGCAUGUAUUGAUUUCUUCAUGGAUUUUAAUGCCACACCUUCAUGGCACUGACCUCUUCUGUCUGCCAUUCGAUCUCCCACCAUUUCACCAUCGAGACUUGUUCUCACAGGAUAUCAUCUCCACUCUACCUUCAUGGCGUCCGUUUUGGAGCGUUAAAAAAAGAAAUUAGGGUCGUUGGCCUCUGUAUUAUAGUUUGUUUGUACUUUAAUGUUGCCAUUUUAGAUUAAUUAUUUGGGAGCAUGUUUCCGUAUUUCCUUUAAGCCAUGCUUUAGAAAACGGAUUUUUACUACCCGUAUAUCCUACAAC